AUGGGGUCUUUACAGAAGGUUAACGCGGAGGCAAUCGCCAGGCCAGUCUCCACCUCUGACCUCAAUGACGAGUAUGAAAAAAAGUCCCUGAAGAGGCGGAUCCGCGAGAUUGUGUGGGACAGUCUUGAUAGGAGCCCGGAGGAGCGUCGAAUGAUUGCUAAGCUUGACUUCUUCAUUCUGACUUGGGCGAGUCUGGCGUAUUUCAGCAAAAAUUUGAACACCAAUAAUCUUUCCAAUGCUUAUGUCUCAGGCAUGAAGGAAGAGCUCCCUGUCAUCGGAAACGAAUAUCAAACAUUCACAACUAUGUGGACAAUUGGAUAUGUUGUCUCGCAAAUUCCGUCUCAACUUGUGUGCACUCGAGUUCGGCUCUCUGUUUGGUGUCCAACUUGGGAACUAAUCUGGGUUCUUGUUACAUUCGCAACGGCUGCAGUCAAAACCUCGCAUCAGCUCUAUGCUUGUCGGUUUUUUCAAGCAGCACUGCACACUGGCCUGAACGGCGUUCACGGAUUAUCUGGAUGGCGCUGGCUUUUCAUUUUUGACGGAGUCAUUACCUUACCGAUGGCGCUUUGGGCCUACUACGCAUUACCCGACUUACCUUCCACCACCAGAGUCAAGUGGCUCAAGCCCGAAGAGAAGGAAUUUUUCCUCCAGCGUAUGAAGAAGCUGGGGCGGGAUCUUGAAGAGCCCGUUACGGUUGCUGGCUUGAAAAGGGUGGUGGGCAAAUGGCACUUCUGGGUCUAUACAACAUACUACACAUUCUUCAUUUGCAGCGAAAACAUUGGCAGCUACAUGAACCUGUGGCUUAAGAGCCUGAAUAAAUACACCGUGCCGCAAAUUAACACCUACCCAACUGUAACAAAUGCAGUGACCAUUAUCACGACACUUAUCUAUGGUUGGACUAGCGAUGCGUUGCAGAUUAGGGCACCUAUCAUCUACUUCUCUCUAGUCGUGUGCUUUUUCGCCGCGAUGAACCUUGCAAUUUGGGAUGGCGUCCCGUUCGGCCUCAAAUGGGCCUCUUUCUAUCUUACAGGGUGCGUUCUCGCCAUUACAUCGAUCGUUGGUGGCUCGUUGCUGACAGCUAUUUCUAGAUUUGCCCAGGGCUCCGGUCCUAUAUUCUUUACAAUGGUUAACGAGCAAUGCGCGGGAGACAGUCUGGAAAGAAAGUUCAUUCUAGGGACGACGAAUUCAAUCGCCUAUGCAUUCAAUGCCUGGAUCCCCCUGAUUACCUACAAUACUAACUACGCGCCUCGGUUCCUAGUCGGUAAUGCCACCACUGUCGCUCUGAUUGUUGGGGCGGCCGUCACAAUUACGGUUGCUGUUCGGCUACAAAAGCGUGAUGCUGUCCCCGCACCUCAAUUCCCAGAACUCUCCCGCCCAGCUAAUGCGGCCAAAGCAGAUCUCAAAUGCGGCGCCCUGCGACAUCGUGCAGAAGCUGAUGGACACUUCUGUCAAAGGAUAAGGCUUGCGGAAUCGCCGCCUUAG